UCCGUUGUUGUUUAUGGAUUGGUAAACAUGGCUUCUUUUGCAAAGGUAGCUGUGUGUUUCCUCAUUGCUUGUGUCUGUAAUGCAUUCUGUUUUCAGAAGAGAGAUGUGAACUUUAAGGCCUCUGCAGUUGACCGCCAAGGUGAUAAUGUGGUUGUUGUCACCACAACACCCGAUCCCCACAACCAGACAACUUCUGCACAAACUGAAGUUACUGAUGGCGCAAGUGAAGAUGCUGUGGUUUCCACCCUAACACCAAAUCCCCCAAACCAAACUACAUCUGCUGGAGCUACUGAGGCCACGACUGAUGGUGAAACUGAGGAGCAGCUGUCUGAUUCUUCAGAGGCCCCAUGUGAACAGGGAUGGACCCGUCAUGCACAUCGUUGCUUUAGGUUUUUCUCCACCAGCCUACCUUGGUCUGAGGCAGAGGGGUACUGUGUGAAAAACGGAGGGAAUCUUGCAUCCAUCCACAACAUUAAGGAAGCACGUCUUGUGGGGGAGUUGUCAGGGAACCGUGACGGGGCUUGGAUUGGGGGCGGGGGAUCCUCUGAGGGUUUUGUAUGGUACUGGACUGAUGGAAGUGCAUUUGACUAUUCCAAUUGGCAUGCAUGGGAGCCCAAUAACCAUGGUGGAAAUGAACACUGCAUUAACACCAACUACAAUGUUUGGAAUCUGUGA